AUGUCCGAGGACAAGAAAAACUACCUGUAUUCACAGGAAGAACCGAUUCCCGGCGAUGCGUCCCACUCGUACGAGACAUCGGCCGAGUCGCACGUCUCGCCAUGGCAAGACUUCAAAGACAGCUUCAAACGCGUGCAACUGGAGGAACUGGACCCAAACCUCACAGAAGCUGAAAAAGUGGCCAUCGCCACCGCUCGCUCGCCCCUCCAGCGCCAUCUCAAAAACAGACACCUGCAAAUGAUCGCCAUCGGCGGUGCCAUCGGGACCGGGCUGUUCGUCGGGUCCGGCAAAGCGCUCAGAACUGCCGGCCCCGCCGGUAUUUUGAUCGGCUGGGGUCUCACAGGAACCAUGAUCUACUGUGUGGUGAUGUCCGUGGGUGAAAUGGCCGUCGCGUACCCCGUCUCCGGAGGCUUCACCACCUUCGCCACCCGUUUCGUCGACGAGUCGUUCGGGUUCGCCGUCAACUGGAACUACAUGCUGCAGUGGCUCGUGGUGCUGCCGCUGGAAAUCGUGGCCGCGUCCAUCACGGUCAAUUUCUGGGGCACCCCGGCCAAGUACCGCGACGGGUUCGUGGCGCUGUUCUACGUGGUUAUCGUGCUGAUCAACAUGUUUGGUGUCAAGGGCUACGGGGAGGCCGAGUUCGUGUUUUCCAUCAUCAAAGUCGCCACCGUGAUCGGGUUCAUCAUUCUCGGUGUGAUCCUCGUGUGUGGCGGCGGGCCCAACGGCCACUACAUCGGCGGCACCACCUGGCACACCCCGGGCGCGUUUGUCGGCGACACGGCGGGCCAGCGUUUCAAAGGUGUGUGUACCGUGUUCGUGACCGCUGCAUUCUCGUUUGCCGGCUCUGAGCUGGUUGGUUUGGCCUCUGCCGAAACCGCAAACCCCAGAAAAUCCUUGCCCGGCGCUGCCAAGCAAGUGUUCUGGAGAAUUACGCUGUUCUACAUCAUCUCGCUGUGUUUGAUUGGCCUUCUUGUUCCUUACAACGACAGCAACCUGAUCGGCGCGUCCUCUGUCGACGCUGCUGCGUCGCCCUUUGUGAUUGCCAUCAAGACCCACGGUAUCAGCGGUCUGCCCAGUGUUGUCAACGUGGUUAUUUUGAUCUCGGUGCUUUCGGUUGGUAACUCUGCCGUUUUUGCCUGUUCCAGAUCCAUGAGCGCUCUUGCAGAGCAAGGAUCGCUUCCAAAAGUGUUUGCCUACGUCGACAGAAAGGGAAGACCGCUAGUCGGUAUCGCCGCCACCUGUUUUUUCGGUUUGCUAUGUUUCAUUGCGCAGUCCGACAAAGAAGGUGACGUUUUCGACUGGCUCUUGGCGCUUUCCGGUCUGUCGUCUUUGUACACCUGGUUUGGUAUUUGCUUGUGUCACAUCCGGUUCAGAAGAGCCCUUGCAGCUCAGGGCCGUUCUACAGACGAACUGGCCUUCGUGUCCACUGUUGGUGUGUGGGGGUCUGUCUACGGUUGUUUUUUGAUUCUUUUGGUUCUCAUUGCUCAAUUCUGGGUUGCCGUGUGGCCACCUGGAGACAAGCCCAGCGCCGAGGCCUUUUUCGAGUCAUACUUGUCCUUCCCUGUUCUUUUGGCCUUUUACUUCGGCCACAUGUUGUGGAAGAGAAACUUCAAGCUCUUCAUCAGGGCCAAGGACAUUGACAUUGACACUGGUAGAAGAGUUGUCGACAUCGACACUUUAAGACAAGAAGUGGCCGAGGAGAGAUCCAUCCUGCAAUCGAAGCCAGCCUACUACAGAUUCUGGAAGUUCUGGUGCUGA